AUGGCGAAUACUAAGCGCAGGCAGCAGCAAGCACGCUGGGGCAGCGUGGGCGAUCCACCAGAGCAUCUGGCACCUUGUGGUAGACUGGAGAGCAGUGGGAGGCAGAAUAUGCAUACUGGACCUCCGCGUCGGGAAGGGGAAGCCCUUUCGGGUAGUCUGCGUCUACGCACCGACAGCAGAAGCGAAGAACGAGACAAAAACGGAAGCACUCUACGCAGAACUAGGGAAGGCAGUCAGGGGCGUGGCGAGGUAUGCCAUAGUAGGGGACUUCAACGCACGACUACCCAUCGGCGCUACGCAGGUAACGGGCCCACACGGCAGGGAGGCCAACCAGAGACCAAACAGCAACACCACUGCCUUCCGGCAUUUCUUGUUGGAAGCAGGGGCCUUCUCGUCCGCGUCGGUAUUCCAGCAUGGGCAACACGGGUACGCAACAUGGAGACACCCAGACGCAAGAUACGGGACAAGGGGCUGGCAACAGAUCGACCACAUAGUGUACUCCAACAGUAUGAGGAAAAGCGUCGAGGACACGCGGGUAGUGGAGCGACAUGA